UUCAUAGUGAAAAAUUAAAAUAGAAAAAAAAUUCAAGAAAUGAACAAUUUACACAAAAUUCUUGAACUUUAUUGUGAAUUACAACUAGAUUUAAGUUUUAAUGAGCCAAGAAUAACAAAGAUUUAUCCACAAAAUUACGGCGACGAUGAAGUAUUGAAAAUUUUAGGGGAAUUUGUGUUUCCUUGUUUUAGAACGAACUCACCGACAAAGACAGAAAAGACAACAAAUUCCCCAACAAGUUUCUCAUUCGUACUCACAAAUAUAAAUAAACAAUAUAAAUAUGGAUUUUGUAGACAAGACGUAACAUCUGGUAAUGUAACGAAUGCUAUAGUUAUACUCACACUGCAUCCGUGGCAUGAUAUAUUCCUCAAAUUCCUCAAUGUCUUGUCAACAUUAAGAAAGAAAGUCACAGAUCGUCAAUUUGACUCGUAUUUAAAUUAUAUUAAUAGAAAAAGUCUUCCGGAUGAGCAUAAAAUGAUAAAUUUCAUUUUUUCUGAUGGAAAUGGAAUUAUUUUGCAAGAGUUUUGCUUCAAACGACCACUUUCGAUUGCACUUCCGUCAAUUCCUGAAAAUCACAACCUAAACUUGUUCUAUAACUACAUAGAACCAAAGACAAUGAUUGAAAUUUUUGCUGCACUUUUAACGGAACGUAGAAUAAUUUUUUUAUCGAAUAAUUAUGAUAAGUUGUCAUCAUGUGUACAGGCAUCAUGCUCACUGCUAUAUCCAAUGUAUUGGCAACAUAUCUUCAUUCCAUUGUUACCAUUCAAAUUAAAAGAUUAUUUACUAGCUCCGAUGCCAUAUUGCAUUGGAUGUCCAACGAGUGUCUUCAAUCUUGUACGUAAAGAAGAAAUUGGUGAUGUUGUGCUGAUUAAUUGUGAUACAAAUGUCAUAACAUCGCCUUUUAAUGACAUUAGUGAUUUACCACAAGAUAUUUUGAGCUUUUUGAAGAAAAAUUUGACUGGAUCGUCGUGUGAUUUGCGUGGUGAUCGAAUUCCGAGAGUUUUUCUCAGUGCUUUAGUUCAGAUCAUUGGUGGAUAUCGUGAUGCUAUCAAAUAUACAGAAAAAGGAUUAAAAUUCUCAAAUGAAACAUUCAUUGAAUCACAAUUGCCGCUAUAUAAGACAUUUGUGCAGAAAAUUGUUGAGUUACAAGUUUUCCAGCAGUUCAUCGAAGAGAGAUUAAUGCUCAUGCAGAGCAAUUCGGAGACUACCGAUAUUUUUGAGAUUGAAGUUGAGUUGCAUGAGGCAAAAAUGGGCAAGAAAAUGAACCAAUAUAAGGAAUUUAUAAAGAAUAUUAAAGGAAAAGCUAAUCCAGCUGUUAAGAAUGCUGUUAAGUCGGUUAAAGACACAUGCAAGGAAUUCAAGCAAAAAAUGCGCGAGAACUCAAGUCGUGAAAAAGACAAAUUCAGACCCGAAAAGACAUAUAUUCGACGUCUCGAGCCAAUUGAGUCAUUACAAAUUUACGAAACUAAAUUUUCAAGCACAUUUAUGGAAAGUCCAUCAACCAGCAGUGGAUCAAGCUCAUCAGAUAUGAACAUAUUACAGGAACUUGAGGCUCAAGGAAUUCUAAAUUCGUCAUCAUUAACGUCAUCGUCUAAGGACAGUGAGACUGUAAAAGAGUGCAAUUUAAUCGAUUUAAGUAGUGACGGUUCGUGUGAUAAUAUUGCCAAAUUCAACCAACUAGCACUAAAUAACGAUAAGACAAUGAAUAAUAGUAAAACAAUUGAGAAGGACCCAUUUGGAAGUUCUGAAUUAUUAAGCGAUGUAAUGAGUGAAUUGUAUAAAGCGAAUAAAAAUAAUUGGACUACUUUUGAAUAACAUAGACCAAAUAGAAAAUUUGUUCUGCAUUUUUAUUUUUAAAUCCUAACCUUAGAUCAGUGCUGCUCAAACUUUUUUCAGCC